AUUCCCAUUGGUAGCUGGGCCAAGGACCCGAAGCUGAAAGAAAUUGGCGAGCUCAUGAGAGUGCAGAUGACGCAGUCAGUGCCCUCAUUCAUGCUGGCAUACUACACACGGAUCUUGGGUCAUAGCAUGGAACGCACCCAAGUGACCAUGGCGCUGGUCAAAAGGGAGUUUCAGGAUCGGAGCCUUCAUCUGUAUUUGCGAUGGCACUUUGUAUAUGGUCAAAAGCCGGCAUGA